GACAUUUUAGGGUCACAGAUAAUGUAGAUAAAUGUACAGGUGUGCAGGCUUGUUCAUAUCCAGUUUAUUGAAAUUUGGCAUUUAAACAUGUUUUCAAAUUUAUAUCAUUAUUACUGCUUUUAGCAAUGGUACAUAAACAUUGACAUCUUUAUGCAUAAAAAAUCAUGUAAAAAAAAAACAGGCGUUUACGUAAGAUACUUUUAAAAGAAAGGUUUUUACUUUCUAAAACAUUUUUGCUUUAAAACUUAACUUAAAAAGACAAAAAGAAAAAAACUUACUGAGGCAUAGUGUAUUCGUAUUUAACAAUAUAAAAGGAUUAUAUAUAAGCAAAACCAUGGAGAGCGCAGGACGAUGGUUUCAUUUGUCUCUCGUAAUGAUGUGUCCGUCCGUCUGUGUCGGUAUAUACCUCAUAUCGGACUAUUAUAUGGACGAUGGAUGGCCAUCGGCGUUCGGGCAGGUAUGCGGAAAGUCCAUCGAAGAUGACUGUCUUUAUGUGAACUCUCACCUAAAUUCCUUAGGAAUUUUGAAUUACGACGACGACAUAAAUUGUACGGUACAACUUAAUGCCGGAAAUCGGCACGGGGCAAGGUAUAAGCUUUCAUUCAAAAGGUUCGACUUGGAGUAUUCGGAAAAUUGCUCUUAUGACUCUCUGACGGUUUACGACACAAAAGUAGCCAACAUAUGUUUUACGGCCCCCAUCGACAGAUUUUGUGGCAACACAGCUCCCAACCUUACUGGGUACCCGACUCAGCAGUACAUGACUCUCAAGUUCCAGACAGACGGAAGCACUGGCAAGAAAGGGUAUAGGAUAAUGGCGACACGAACUCUUCCUUAUCCAUGUCAUGACGACUAUUUUCACUGCAAGGCAGAGAACCGAUGUAUAGAUGGAAGACUUCACUGUGACGGUACAAAACAAUGUGACGACGGGACCGACGAGGACGGCUGUUCCUUCUGGGAAAAACUACUCGGUGGUUUUCUAGCACUUGGAGUUUCCGGCAUAGUUGGUGUCUCCUUUCUUGUAGUUGUUUUAUGCACGGGGAUCUGCGUUACUGUAUGUGUGUGCACGUGCUGCAAGAAACAUUGUCGAUGUGUGUCCAAACUCUGCGACAAGUGCUGCAAACCAUGUAAGUCUGGUGACAACAAAGUGAAGCCGGAGACCGGAAUGGUCGAGGGAAACAAAAGAAAGGAGAAGGGUGUAGCCGACAAAGGCGAGGAGGUUGAGAUAGCCGAUGAGGUUGCAGUCAAGUCUCCUCACAAUACUGGCGCAGUGUCAUCCAAAUCACCAAUUCCCGACCCGCCCACCGCCGAAGAAAAUCCGCCGGCAAAACUGACAAUAGUUGCAAAAACACCGCUACCAUCCGACGGACAUGCGCUGUCAUCAGCCUCAGCAACAGGUGUUGUAUCUGACAGCCAUGUCACGGAGACGGGAAUGACAUCGACAUUAAAUGUCGCCGAUAGUACUGUGACCAAGGUGGACUAAUCUAUUUAGAUGUGGUUGACUUUAUUUAGUUUCAAAAACGUUUUGUUAUUCAAAGAUUUCAUAAUAAAAGCUCCUCAACACUG